UUCCAAGAAAAGAAAAUAGGAGGAAAUCGUUAGACAAGGCGGGUGGGGGGGCAUCGCAUCUGGAGGUGGAGGCCAAUCCGCUCGCUCGCUCGCUCGCCGGCGACCCGAAUCCGGCCAGGAGGGGGGGCGGCUGGCCGGAGCUAGGGUGGGUGGGUGGUUGGCCGCACCACCUUCCUCCGCGCCGCCGGAGCGUGGGCAGCGGCGGCGGCCGGUGGGAGGAGGGGAAGCAUGGCGGGCUCCAUGGUGGACCGGGCGACCAGCGACAUGCUCAUCGGGCCCGACUGGGCCAAGAACAUGGAGAUCUGCGACAUCUGCAACCGCGACCCCGGGCAAUCAAAAGAUGUUGUUAAGGCACUCAAGAAAAGGAUUGGGCACAAAAAUCCAAAAGUCCAAAUUCUUGCGCUGACUCUCUUGGAAACUGCAAUCAAGAACUGUGGGGAUAUAUUCCACAUGCAUGUUGCAGAAAGAGAUGUGUUGCAUGAGAUGGUGAAGAUAGUGAAGAAAAAGUCUGAUCAGAAUGUCAAAGAGAAGGUAUUAACUAUGAUAGAUACAUGGCAAGAAGCAUUCGGGGGACCACGUGCAAGAUAUCCACAGUACUAUGCAGCGUACCAUGACUUGGUGCGUGCUGGAGCUGCAUUUCCAAAGAGAUCUGAUCGACCUGCACCAUUGUUUAAUGGCCAGUCUCCAGCAGGCAGAAAUAUGCGUAGUCCUGAUCAGCAGGAUGAAGCUGAAUCGUCUGCUGGAAAUGAUUUUCCUGCUUUGAGCAUGUCAGAGAUUCAGAAUGCUCGUGGUAUAAUGGAUGUGCUAGCCGAGAUGCUAAAUGCUUUAGACCCUGGAAACAGAGAGGGACUAAGGCAGGAGGUAAUUGUGGAGCUUGUUGAUCAGUGUCGCACUUACAAGCAGAGAGUGGUACUACUAGUUAAUGCUACCGCGGAUGAGGAACUUAUGUCACAAGGGCUUGCACUGAAUGAUGACUUGCAACGUGUUCUCGCAAAACACGAUGCAAUUGCUGCAGGCAUUGCAGUUCGAGUGGAGAAGAAACCUAAGUCUCUGCAGGCACUUGUAGACACUGAGGAUUCUAUGAACCAAGACUCUAAGAAAGAGCAGGCACUUGUAGAUAUUGAGGAUCCUACAACCCAAGAGACUAAUAAAGAACCAAGCCAAAGUGCCAGUGUGCAGUCACCAUUUGAGCAACUAGCGCUUCCAGCACCUCCGGUGUCAAAUGGCUCAGCAACCCCAGCACCAAAAUCCGAUCUUGGCGUCGAUCUUCUUAGCUGGGAUGACAACCCAUCUACAACAGAAAAUUCACUAGCGCUUGUCCCAGUUACUGAUCCAGUAGUUGAUUCUACUCCAAGUCAAAAUGCACUAGCUAUCGUUGACAUAUUCUCUCAAAACAACACAACCAAUAACAUUGCCAAACCUGCGGAUCCCUUUGGUGUUAAUUCUAGCUCUACUCUUCCUGGAUCACAGCCAUACAAUGCUCCAACCCAGCAUCCUCUGCAAGCACAGCAGCAGCCUCAGCAGGUGGGCCUCUAUCCUAAUGGGGGAGCUGUGAACCCUGGAACAUCAUACCCCACAAGUUCUGGGUGGAAUGGUCAAAUUGCGAACAAUGCGACGCCUCCAGCGCAGCAAACAGUGAAUUAUGAUGAGCAAAGUGGAGCCCUUCCCCCACCUCCUUGGGAAGCUCAGUCAGCGCCAAGCGGCGACAUGUCAAAUGGCGGUAUGCAGUCUCACCCGGUGUCAAACGGCCAAUUUGGAGGUAUGCCAUCUCUCCCAACACCAUCAAACCAGAUGGGUGGGAUGCAGCCCUUGCACCCGCAGAUGAACCAGAUGGGAGGUCCACAAGCCCACCAAAUGUACAACAACCAACAACCGGGAGCCAUGCAACCCAGCCAACCUGCUGUAACCCAGAUGCAAUCAGGCUUUGCGAACCAAUUCGGUUCGAUGCCACCACACUCCAUGCCAGGAAUGCAAUUCCCCGGGAUGCAACCUUCGCCGAUGCCAGGAGCGCAGCCAGUCAUGAUGUAUGCGCAACCGAUGAUGAUGCCGGGUAUGCAGUUUGCAGCCAUGCCGCAACCACGAAUGUAUGGCCCCCAGAUGUCCCAGUACCGGCUUGUGCAGCAGCAAGCGGCACAAUACUACAGCAACAGCCAAGGGAGGCCAACAUACUACGCUGGUAUGAAUGACCUCUCCCAGAAAAUGUAUGGCCUCUCCAUGCAAGACAGCUCUUACAUGGGGAUGAACAGCUCGCCCUACUCUACAACACCUUCAUCAUCAUCUUCCAUGGGGCAACCAUCGAAGCCUGAGGACAAGCUGUUUGGAGAUCUUCUUAGCAUUGCCAAAACAAAGCAGAACAAGGCUUAAUGAGAAACAAUCAAAUGGAGUAUUAAAAAAAAAGUGUGAAGAGGUCUAAUAUCUCUUGUGUAAUUGUUACACAUUUUUUUCCCCACGUGGCUUGAUCAUACGCUGUUGUAGCAUUUGAAUGUAUAAUCUUGUUCCGGUUUUGUACGAUGCCCGGCCCCGAUUGAUUUCAUUUGAUUCGUUAUACAUACAGUACCGUGUGUACUGAUCACGGCCGCUGAGAGGAUACGCUGGUAAAUUAAUUGAUGAUCUAGUAUAAUAAGCAUGUAUUUUUCCCCCCUCUGA